ACGAUAUAGCCCUUUAACUCCCAAAAGUUAACAUUUUAAUUAUUUCUUAUUCCUUUUGUGAAGUUAUGUCACCACUUGCUAAGACUAAUUCUGCAGUAUGAAGGCUUCUAACUCCUUUGAGUUGAAACGUCUUACCAGUGAUGACUGCAAGAACGAAAUGCCACAAGUAGAAGUAUCAAAAGAAACGGCUCAAGCACACUCCAGGUUUUGGGAUUAUGUUUUGGCUGUACGACCAUGGUCCUUUAGUGCAUCUUUAACAUCUGUUGGACUUGGAACCGUUUUGGCAUAUAAACUUGCAACAAGUUUUAGUGUGAUGGUAUUGUUGGCAACAAUCAUGAUCUGUCUUUCUGUACACAUUUCAGGAAAUCUUCUCAACACCUACUUCGACUACGUAAAUGGAGUUGAUGAUAAGUAUAGUGAUGACAGGACACUGGUUGACAACAAGUUAACUGCGAAUGAAAUCUAUUAUUUAGCUAUCAUUUCAUAUGUUUUUAGCUGUACUUGGGUUGUCAUCUUAAUAUAUUUAUCUCCAGCUAAAGUGGGUCUUCUUAUAUUUUAUGCACUUGGCUUAGUUAGUUCUUAUAUUUAUACUGGUGGUGUUUGUCUGAAGUACAGAGCCCUGGGAGAUGCAUUAAUUCUUGUUACGUUUAGCCCACUAAUAACAUUCUUCACAUUUCUGGCCCAAACCAGAUUUCUUGAUCUUAGCCUUUUGUGGUAUUCUCUUCCAUUUGCUUUUUUUACUGAAGCAAUAUUACAUAGCAACAACACUCGAGACAUAGGAAACGAUAGCAGAGCUGGCAUAGUUACUGUGGCCAUUCUUCUUGGAUAUGCUGGUUCUAAAUUGUUAUACAGCUUUCUCUUGUUUUUACCUUAUAUAAUUUUACUUAUUCUCGGGAUUGAGUCCAGCACGUGGAUGUUUCUUCCAUUAGUAACUGUUCCUUAUGCUCUGCAGCUCCAGCGACAGCUAGGAAACAAACAGAUUAAAAAACUGCCAACACAAACUGCCCAGUUAACCUUGUUUUUUGGGAUUCUCUACAUAAUAGCUUGUGCAGGAGCUCCACCACUGUUCGGUUUCAUAAAACAUCUUCACAAAUGAGGUGAAUAAUAAGCUUAAUUAGUAAGGUAACGUGGAAUACUGUUGUUGGUGUAUAAUAUUAUAUAAGUAAAUUCAAAAAGGCAGCUUUUAUAUUGGAAUAUAGAUUGGACAAACGAACAUCUGUUAGGGGAUCUGGAGGCAUGCCCUCUGUAGAAAUUUUGAAAAAUAGACCCUAAAAUAUGCGUUUUUUUUGCAUUCUGUAAUAGCAUUUUAUCAGUUUUUCCUUUACAGAAAUAUUAAUACUGUCGUUUAAAAGAUACCGGAGUUUUUUCCAGGAUCACGCAAGUUUGAUAAAAGAAAUCUAUAUGAGCAAAACUGGUUUAUUUUUAGCAUAAAACUACAUAAUAGGCUAUCUGCUCUCAGCCAACCAUGAGAAUCGAAUCCUGAAUGUUAACGUUACAUGUCAUUAAACUUACCUCUGGCCCAGCAGGAGACACAUCUACAAAUAAAUCUUAGGCAUACAAAUCUUUUUCAUUUAACAAUUACCACUGACUGAUUCUUACAGCGUUUGACACGGAUAGAAACUGUAAACGAUUUUUGAUAUUUUCACCAAUGGAUCAGUGCGGAAAAUUUUACAGUAUUGUAUAACUAUAAUGAAAAACCAUCUCUGACACAAUAACUGAGGAGACACGGAGCUGCACAUGUAAUUAUUUUAGUCUUAUUUUAAUUUAUACAGUUGUGUAAAUGUUUCUUGACAUAUGCAUACUUUACAGUGAUGCAGCAGCAUUUCUCCUGUGAGUCGUGAAAAUAUUUAAUUUUUAUUCUCUUAUCACAUACGUGUACAUUUAAGUCAUGUUUAGGUUAAAUUUACUGCUUGGUAAACUGACGUCACGAUUCUAUCUUAUCUAAUUAUCGAUAUUAAAGUUUCAUCUUAUUUGAAAGCAGGAUUAUAUGGCAAUCUUUCAGUUCAUCAUUUCAUUAAUUAUUCUAAUCCCACCACAAGCCCCCACCCUCACAAGUUCAGUUUGGUUCCAUAACUUUCUCAGCACAAGAACCUCAAGAACGUUCUCAUCCUGAUUCAGGGCUCACACCCAAUGAAUCCAUAUACUGAAUACCUUAAUAGUAUUGUGUAUUUUGUGUAGUUGCUUGCCCCCCCCCAAACUUUCCUGUGGUCCCCCAAAUUUGGAACCCCUGCCAGUGAGAGAAGUAGUUUUCAGAAGUGUUUCUGUUGAUAUUGUGAAAGUGUACAUGCUACUAUUGUGGUUUGAUGUUUUAAUUAUACAUUUUUGCUCAUUCCUUUUCUUAAAAUGGAGUUUCCAGAAAGUAUUAUAUUAUUGUGUUUUUAAUUGUGGUUUAUCUAUUCUCGUGCGAUGUAGUAAGUUUAAGUCUCUCAAGGUUUAGCUUCAACUUUACUCUAGUAGCCAAUGUUUUUCAAUCUGUCAGUAACAGGUGUUGGAAAAAGAACUGUUAAUCCUAAGAUAAACAGUUUAUAUAUUUGGCAAAGCUGAAGAAGAUUACAGCAUUAAUACUUGAAUGUAUACAGAGCGUUUAGAAGAGAUUUUGCUAAUGUUUGUUUUUCCUCCAUCUCUGUUACUGAAGCAGAAACGAACACUUCUGUAUAAAAUAACCUUAUGUUGACAUUAGUAAGAAAAAUCCGCUUUCACCCAUAUAACUUAAACCAUAACAUAUGGAUAAGAAGGUUGUUUCAAAAAUGUAUUUAAUUUUGCAACAAUUAACAAUUGUCUCCUUUGAAUUGUUUUUCUCUUUUCCACCCAAUCCAGUCAAUUUUAGUUACUUAACAUCGACUGUUGUGCUUUGACAAUAUUUUCAUACAUCAUUAGGCUUUAUAUUAUGUUUAUUCUAUUGCAUUGUGUAUAUUAGUUAUUGUAAUCAAAGGUAGAUGUUAUUAUCACCUCAGAAUCAUAAUACUUUUGUCAUUACUUCACCUCCGAUUAUAGUAAUAGAUUUUGUUUAUAAUAACAAUGCGUCAUCAGGGGUUAUGAUAGUGUUAUCGUUGUCUAGCAAUGAUGAUUUUUGUACUUUAUCAGGCUUUACAGCAGCACCGUUAUGUUGUCUGGUACCUUGUAUUCUAAUCUUUGGAUGUAGCCAGGCUUUGAAACAGUGUCGUUAUUUUGUCUGGUACCUUGUACCCUAGUCUUUGGAUGUAGCUAGGCUUUGAAACAGUGUCAUUAUUUAUUUUAUCUGGUACUUUGUACUGUAGUCUUUGGAUGUAGCCAGGCUUUGAAACAGUGUCGUUAUUUAUUUUAUCUGGUACCUUGUACUGUAGUCUUUGGAUGUAGCCAGGCUUUGAAACAGUGUCGUUAUUUUGUCUGGUACCUUGUACCCUAGUCUUUGAAUGUAGCCAGGCUUUGAAACAGUGCCAUUGUUUUAUCUGGUACGUUGUAUUCUAGUCUUUGGAUGUAGCUAGGCUUUGUAACAGUGCCAUUGUUUU